CAGAGAGGAGCAUGGAGGCGUUGUAAUUGACUGUGAAGUGGAGUUUGGGAAGAGCUGGGAAGGAGAAGCAGGUGACUGAAGGAGGAAACGAGAAGACGAGCAUGGCGCACUCAUCUGUUUGGAUCUUUCUGUUGUGCUUUUCGCUCACUCAUCAAAGGGCUGCAGCCCAAGCUGAAGCUUGCAGGACAGUGGUGCAGGCAGACAUCGUGUUCCUGUUGGAUGAGUCAUGGAGUGUGGGUCAGACCAGCUUUUUUAGAGUUAAAGACUUCAUCUCAGCCGUCAUGUCCUCCUUUCAGGACAGCGCAGUGGGAGCUGAGGGGGUUCGCUUCGGAGUCACUCUCUUUGGGGAUGUUCCGAGGAUGCUGGUUGCUUUGACAGACUACAGUUCACUUGAGGAGGUGCUCAGAACUGUUGGAAACCUCCCCUACGGUGGAGGAUCGAGGAGGACGGGCAGCGCUCUCCAGUUCCUUGUAGAUUCUGUGUUCAGCCCUGCCAUCAGCCGAGAUUUUACCCCAAAGAUUGCUGUUUUGAUCACAACCGGACGCUCGGAUGACCAGGUCGACCUUGGAGCCAAGGCGGUUGCAGACAGUGGGAUUACACUCUUUGCAGUAGGCGUAAGAGGAGCCGAUGUGUCCGAGUUGAGAAGGAUCGUUUCUGAGCCCUUCGGGGAACAUCUUUUGGAGUGCGCAGACUUCUCUCUCCUGGAAACUCUCCUUCCCAAACUGUCCCGGAGGUUAUGUUUCAGUGCUUCUGAACCUCCACGACCUGUAAAAACCAUCCAGCCAAGUGAGCGGCACGUGGUUGGUCCCAGAGACUUGCAGGUGAGUGAGCUGGCCCACGGCUCCUUCAGGCUGACGUGGAGCCAGGCUACGGGGGAUGUCACUGGAUACCGUCUCCUGGUCACACCUCUCAGCUCCAGGGGACAACUACUGCUCAACCAGCAGAGGCAGCUGGAUCUGAAGGCAGACGUGAGCACCGCUGUGGUGACAGAGCUCAGUCCGAAGACGGAGUAUUCCCUCACCCUCUACGCCGUCUACCCAAACCUCAUCGGCAACUCUGAAACACUCACAGUAAAAACAACUUCGUUGCCCAAAGUGUCAAACUUCCGCGUUAUCGAGGAGGGCUUAUUCUCUCUACGUCUCGGAUGGACUCCUCCUCUGGGAAUGCUCAAUGGAUUCAAGAUAUUUAUACCUAGGUCCAACAGACCAGGAUUAGCAUACGAACAGCUGCUUCCUGGAGUCAUCUCUUCUCAUGUGAUUGACGGCCUGGAAGAAGAUAAAAAGUAUACCGUCAAUAUCUAUGCGGUUUACCCCGAGGGACCCAGUGAACCAGUGUCAUUAGUGGGAAAAACAUUAAAAUUAGUAGCAGUCAAACAAUUCCUGGUCCAGAAUGCCACUACAGAUACUGUCCAAGCAAGGUGGGAGUCGGUCAAGGGGGCAACAGGAUACCGUCUGACAUGGGCAUCCCCAGAUGGCCACAUAGAGAACAUCAACCUUGGGGAGAACUUCAACUUCUACAUGAUCCAAGGCCUGAACUCAGGCUCCGAGUACGUCGUCACAAUCAACCCCAUCUUUGGAGACACUGAGGGACCCGUCACCACCAACAAAGUCAAAACAUUGGAAAGCAGUGCUGUUCAAACUCUGAAGGCUUCCGCUGUAAGCACGAAUUCAGCUGUUGUGUCUUGGAACAGCGUCCCAGGGGCCACAGGAUACAGGCUGGCCUGGGGACCCACCCCAGAAUUUGCUGGUCGAGAUCGUCCAAGGCAGUUGGCUUUGAACAGCAGCACCACAGAAUACAAGCUGAAGAACGUGGCUCACGACACAGAAUACGUCCUGUCUCUAUACGUGCUUUUUGGGUCCGCCGUCGGGCCUGGCAUCUCUGCAACGUUUAGAACUUCUCCUUUAGGUUAUGUGUCCAACUUUAAGGUGACAUCUUACACUAGUACCUCCAUAGCUGUGGAGUGGAGUCCUAUUGUUGGAGCCACAGAGUACAAACUUUCUUGGUACACAGAUGACGGCAAACCACAGUUCCAGUAUCUAGACCGAAGUGUCCUCUCCCACCAGAUCAAGAAUCUUAUCCCACAGUCCACUUACACAAUAACUAUCCGUGCAGUGUACGGCAACUCGGAGGGACCAGAUAUCUCCUUGUCUCAACUAACAUCUGCAGUCUCAGAGUCGGAGCCUAUCCAGCCAGUGAGGGAGCUAAAAGUUGUGGACAUUGGGGUAAAUUCCUUCACAUUGUCUUGGAAGAAAACACCAGGAGUUUCAGGAUACAAAAUCUACUGGAUUCCCUUUCUUGGGGGUAACGAGAAAUCCCAAGUGGUACCUGCUGCUUCCACAACCUUCACCAUGGACAACCUUCAGGAGAGCUCGGCUUAUAAGAUCCAGGUUUCCCCCAUGGUUGGUGGAAGAGAGGGAAGUCCUGUCCUGGUCACUGCACGAACACUGGAUCUUCCAAAAGUGGAGGGGUUUGCUGCCCUGAACACAACUGAGAGCAGCGCAGUUCUGAACUGGACUCGUGUAGCAGGAGUCUCUGGGUAUCUUCUCUCUUGGAGGCAUAUUUCAGUGUUGGAGACAAAAACAGAAACUCUUGGUCCUGCCUUCUCAUCCUAUAAGAUCAGUGACCUGCAGUACGGCAGGACAUACAUUUUCUCCAUCAGACCUUUGUAUGGCGAAGUGGAGGGGCCUAUAAGCACCAUAUAUCAGAGAAUAUUAGGGCAGAAUGAUCCUGUGAAACCAGGCCAAUUUGUUCCAGCAACUGUGACGCUGAAAUCCCCUCGUGUCACAGCUGGUCCCAACACUGUCGUCAUCGUCAACCCAACCAUUGCUCAACCAGCCACCAGAGACACUGAGCCCCCCAUGGCUGCACCACCAGCUAACUCCAUAACUACUAAAAAGCCCAGUGUCACUAAGGCCAAGGAGGCUGCAGUCACUUCCCUGAAAGUAUCCACAGCCUCCACAAAGUCAACAGCUCCACCACAGCCAGUAUGUGGGAAGGCCAAAGCAGACAUAGUCUUCUUGGUGGAUGAGUCGUCAAGCAUCGGCGUUAACAACUUUGCCAAGAUGAAAGACUUCAUUUUCCGAGUGACCACUUACUUCCCCGUUAUCGGCGCACACGGCACACAGGUUGCCGUGGUUCAUUACAGCGAUGAGCCUCGUAUUGAGUUCCAUCUAAGUGACUUCAAAGACAGAAACUCUGUGCUCAGGGCUAUCAGAGGGCUGCGCUACACAGGUGGCAACACCAAAACAGGAAAAGGCAUCGGCUAUGUUCUGCAGGAACUGUUCAUGGAGUCUUUGGGGAUGAGACAAGAUGUGGCCCAUGUUCUGGUACUGAUCACGGAUGGCAGGGCCCAGGAUGAUGUGAUGCCACCUUCCAGGAUUGCACGUGCUUUAGGGGUUAGCAUAUUAGCAGUUGGAGUUUCCAAUGCAGACAUCGAGGAGCUCAAUAAAAUUGCUGCUCCCAGCAGCUAUAAAAAUAUCUUCUACUCGCCAACCUUUGAUGACUUCCCCUCCAUAGAGAGAGAAUUUAUCCAAAGCAUCUGCAGUCAGGAGCUUCUCUCUGAAUUCAAACUACCGGAUGAGUUUGCUCAGUUGGACACUCCGACUGAAGACCCAGAGGAUUUGAAUAAACCUUUAGGUCCCUGCGCCUCACAGUGUGUCAAGGGCCAAAAAGGGGAAAAGGGGAACGGUUUUGGUCUUGGUGGUUUGCAAUUUAGGCAAAGCCCUGGACAGUUUGAUCCUUUCAUAUCAUCCAAAGGAGAAAUAGGAGAGAAGGGACCUCCAGGAACGGAUGGCAUCCCUGGGUUGCCAGGGCGGCCAGGACGAACCGGACCUCCAGGUUCUGCUGGUCAGCGGGGCCUUCCAGGUGUCCCAGGGGAAAUGGGUCCUCCAGGUGUCCCCGGUUCAAAGGGACAGAGGGGAGAGCGAGGAGAGCCUGGCUACGUUAUAGCUGGUACAGAUUCAAAUUUUGUGCCUGGAAGAAAAGGAGAACCUGGAUCUUCAGGCCCGCAGGGACCACCCGGGGUACCGGGAGCGAAUGGAUCACCUGGCCUCCCCGGCCAGCCCGGCCCGCCAGGAUCACCAGGAAUAUCUGUGAAGGGAGAUCCUGGAGCUCCGGGAGCCAAAGGUUUACGAGGGAAGCAUGGCUUGAAAGGAGACAAAGGAGAGCCAGGAAAAGAUGGUAUUGCAGGUCUUCCUGGUCCCAUUGGCAUCGAUGGUAUACCAGGAUUGCCAGGUCACAAAGGAGAAAAGGGUGAAGACGGACUCGGUAUACAAGGAAUCCAAGGUCCUCAAGGAGAGAAAGGAGAGAAGGGAAAUAUUGGCUUAACGGGAGCAGAGGGACCAAAGGGUGACCGUGGAGACCAGGGCAUCCAGGGACUGGGUGGACCCCGGGGGAAAAAGGGAUUGAAAGGAGAAAAAGGGGACAAGGGAGAGCAGGGAGAAAAAGGACCAGAUGGACCACAAGGACCUCAAGGACUAAUUGGGCCAAUUGGAUUGAAAGGAGAUGAAGGACAAAGAGGAGCCCCUGGAGAUCCUGCGAUGGGUAUAAUUGGCCCACCUGGAAAAAAAGGUGCCAGGGGAGAUCUCGGCCCAAUUGGUCAAACAGGUCCUCAGGGAAUUAAAGGAGAUCAAGGAGAGAAAGGAGAAAAGGGAAGUCCUGGUUUUGGGAUUCCAGGUCUUCCAGGACAGAAGGGGAUAAAUGGUGAGAGGGGAAAUGUUGGUCUGUCAGGGAAGCCAGGACCAAAGGGCAAAGAUGGUGCAAAAGGGGAGAAGGGAAGUGUUGGCUUGCCUGGAAAUUCUGGAGAACCAGGAUUAAGAGGUAAAGAUGGAGCACCUGGAGCGAAGGGAGAACCAGGAAUGAAGGGUGACCCAGGGUUCACUGGAGAGCCUGGUGAAAGAGGAAUAAGGGGUCCAUUGGGGUUACCAGGGCGACCAGGUGACCCUGGAGAAAAAGGUGAACCAGGUCUUCCUGGUACUGAUGGAAAGAAAGGCGAUAAAGGAGAAAUGGGGAAACCUGGACCCCCGGGAACACAAGUUGUUGCAGAAAACGGCAUACUGACCAGAGUUAUUAAGGGUGACCCUGGAGAACCGGGCCAGCCUGGCCUGAGAGGAGAAACGGGUCUACCUGGGCCAAGAGGACCAGAAGGAAAACCUGGAUUACCGGGAAAUUUGCAGGGCUCUGGAAGAGAUGGACUUGACGGCCUUCUAGGAAAACCAGGAGUAAAGGGAGAUAAAGGGCAUAAAGGAGAACCUGGUCCAAGAGGAGAGCAAGGGAUUGCUGGAAUGCCUGGAUUACCAGGAACUCCAGGGAGACCAGGCAUUGAUGGGAAGAGAGGCCUGCCUGGAAAGGAUGGAGAAAAUGGAUUCAAAGGAGAGGAUGGAAAAAAGGGCAACAAAGGGGAUCCUGGUGUCAAUGGGAAAGAUGGAAGUAAAGGGGAGCCAGGGCCUCCAGGUUCGCCUGGUAGGCAGGUGCUAGUCACGACUGAGGGCGCCACAAUUGAUGACAUUCGGCAGGCAUUUCCAAUCCCAAUGGGUCCACCAGGAGCUACUGGUGCACCAGGACUGAAGGGGGGAAAAGGAGAGCGAGGCCUGAAAGGGGAAAAGGGAGAUGCUGGCGCUCCUGGAAAGUCUCUGGAGAUGAAGGACGUUGAAGAAAUGUUUGAAAACUAUGGAAUAAGGCUGCCUUUGUUGAAGGCUUUGAUUGACAGGCUGCUGCAGGACGGUAUAGAGGAACUGCUCCAAGUGCUCACUACAUCCAAGAAAAAAGAAAAAACUGAUACUCACACCUCCAAUAUCAUCACCGAGUACACUAGUUCUUUGAAAUUUGACCUCACCAACAAGCCACUGAUGGCAUUAGAUGAUGAGGACAAACAUUUAGAGAGCGAACUGCUUGAUCCUCUGUCAGCUGGACCUUUGAUUGAAACCGCAGAGGGUCCAACGCUGUGGACCAUGACCACAGUGGACGGAGAGAAGAAAGUCACCAAAUUAAAGGGAUCCAAAGGGACAGGGGAAGAAGACUGGGAUGGGGACAAAGUGUCUUCACUCAAAAUGAAUCUGACUCUGGUCAAUUCUACCUUGAACCACACCAACGUUGAGGAGACGGUCUCAGUAUUGCCUGAAACUGUGCUGGAGACUGUUCUCCUCACACAGGAUGACCCACUGAAGGAGAACUCGGCACCAAAGAAGAAGAACAGGGAACAUGGGAAAAUGAAUAACGAGCACAAGCAAAAGGAAGAGGAAAACGAGGACUUCUAUGACGAUGAAGAAUAUACUUAUGAAUACGAGGAAGAACUUUUCCCAGACGAACCUACAGUCUCUCUGGAGAGGACAGGGAAGGGAGAGGAGGAACAGCUAUUCACACAAAGUCCAGACCCGUUUGAAACCUCCAGUCGUCCUCUAGCCACCGUCAGAGAAACCGAUGCACAGAUUAUCACAACCACCACUUCACCUUCUUCAUCUCUGGAUAGCGUAGAUAAGGAUGAGGUGACACUGCCCACUCCUCUGGUAGUAACAGGAGAAUCGGAUGAGGCGCCUCAACUUCAAACCAGAGUGAAAAGAGACGCCUUUUGGCAUGAUUCAACGAUAUUUAUGCCUGGUGCUCCAGGUGGAAGAAUUCGGACGAAGGAAAUGCAAGAAAAUCCGUCCUCUGGAGCUCAAGGUUACAGCAGCUGGAGGAGACGAAAGCUCAACAAUCUCAAAGCUCAGGCACAUGCAAGUAGGGAGAGGCAAGAAACGGGAGAGAAGGGGAUAUACAGUGAUGCAAAUACAGAGACGAUGUUUGGAGCUGAUGAUCUGACCGAGGGAGUAACUGUAGCAGAACCAGAUGCCGACCCUGAUCCGGUCUACGAGGUGGAGGAGGAGAGGAGUGGCGACUACGACUGGGAGACGGAGGAAGAUGAUGUCGAUCGCGAGAGAGAAACCGAAGAGGAGCUGGAGAGGCAGCGAGAGGAGGAGAGGCUGGAAAUGGAGAGGGAAAGAGAGGAGCUGGAGAAGGAGAGGGAGGCCGAACGUGAGACGGAGAGAGAGAAGAUGGAAGAGGAGAAAGAUGUGGAGGGGGAGAGAACAGAACAGGAAGUAGAGAGAGACUAUGAGAGGGAGAGGGAGGAGUGGGAACGGCGGAGGGCGGAGAUGGAGAGGGAAAGAGGGGGAGGUUACAGUGAAGAAACUGGACAGCCAUACCCAUAUCCUCCACAGUACUUUUUUCUGAAGGGGCAGCCAGGCGAGAAUGGAAAACCGGGACCAAAGGGGGAAAUUGGUGAAAAAGGACAAAAGGGUGAGCCAGGUAUUGGGCAUAGAGGGCCAGAGGGCCAAGCUGGUCCCCCAGGACAAAAGGGUGAGCCGGGUGAGCCAGGACCUCCAGGAGCGCAAGGCAUCCAGGGUAUUAAUGGAAACGCAGGAAUACAGGGUAUCCCAGGACUCAAGGGGCCUCCUGGAGAUCCAGGAGAGCCAGGCAGAGAGGGUGAACGGGGUAAAAGAGGGAAGAAUGGAUCGACUGGACCCCCAGGACCCAGAGGUGCACCAGGACCUGAUGGUCUUCCUGGAGUACCUGGUGUCAAAGGAGAAAAGGGUGACAGCAUUCCAGGUCAGCCCGGUGCCAGAGGAGUUCCUGGUCCACCAGGCAGACAGGGCGAAAGGGGAACCGCAGGUGUUAAAGGAAGCCCCGGUCAUAUUGGUUCAAAAGGCUUACGUGGCAACAAAGGAGAAAAGGGAGACCGCGGCGUACCUGGACUCAGAGGAGAGAGAGGGAGCGUACUUCAGAUUCAAGGGCCUCGCGGGUUCAAGGGCUCCAAAGGGGAUGCGGGGGAGAGGGGUCUACCAGGUUUUGACGGGGAUAAAGGAGAGAAGGGUGAGGACGGUCCUCCAGGAGUGAAGGGCCUUAAAGGGGAUGCGGGCACUAAAGGGGCGCUGGGCCGAUUUGGAGCACGAGGGCCGGUGGGCCAGAAAGGGGAACCUGGAGAGCCGGGGCUGAAUGGAGAGAUGGGGCUCAAUGGACAGCAUGGGGUGGACGGGGAAAAAGGCGACAAAGGAGAUGUUGGACUUCAAGGCAUGCAGGGUGAUCAGGGCGAUCCAGGAGAACCUGGCCUACCGGGAGAAAUGGGGGAGAAGGGAGAAAAGGGUUUCAGAGGGUUUCCUGGACGCACCGGUAAUCCCGGGCUAGACGGCGAAAAGGGAGAUCCAGGUGUGCCUGGCAGUGCAGGUUUACCAGGACUUAAUGGACUCACAGGACGCAAGGGGGACAAAGGAAUUGGAGGGACCAAUGGUGCCGAUGGUGACCCAGGAGAGAAAGGGGAUAAGGGUGCUGCAGGUUUCCCUGGAUUUCCGGGCUUCAAGGGGUCAGCUGGCAGUCCGGGACUAGAUGGAGACGAGGGACCACCCGGAGCCCCAGGUCCUCGUGGGGAUACAGGACCCAAGGGUGAGCGGGGCAGGAGAGGCAAAACGAGGCCAUGCCAGAGGGGGGUACCAGGAACCCAAGGAAUGCGAGGAGAAACUGGUUCAGAGGGUAUGGAAGGAGCAAAGGGGGAUAAAGGAGAACCUGGACUAUCAGCUGAAGAAGUGAAGGAGCUCGUCAACCAGGAGGUGGUUGAAAAGUGCGGGCUGGAGUACAAGUUUAUGGUAAAGUCUGUGGACCCGGACGCGUCGUUCGUGGUAACUGGUGGCGAAACUACCAAUAAGCCCAAAGAUUUAGCAAUAACCAUCUCCACUGUAGCCGAACGUCGCAAAGAAAGGACGAGACACGACUUUCAAAAACAAGAAUCCAGCAGCAGCAUGGAAGAAAUCCCAAGUACUCUUCCACUGAAUCUGGAAGAAGCCAGGAGCUCACGAAAUCACACUGAUUCUCACGAGGGAUGGGCUGUGAAGUCGAGAGAGAGGAAGACAAGACGAGUGUCUGGAUCUAAGGAUGAUGUGACAGAUCACUGUUUGCUACCAAUGUCAGAAGGAGCUUGUUCGGAAUACGCUCUGGUCUGGUAUUUCCACGGCCAAUCGGGGGAAUGCAGGCCUUUUGUAUACGGCGGCUGUGGUGGCAACCAAAACCGAUUCACAUCUAAACAAGACUGUGAGAGUCUAUGUGGAACAAAGAGCGGAGUUACAGAAACUCGGUCAGCUCUGACGGAGGACCUACCUUCAGACAGCUGAUGCAGUGACGAAAAUUCAGCUUUGGCGCGGUUCCUGUCCAUAAGUGUGGUGUUACUGAAGAUACACUGUUUUUGUUUUCUGUAUUUCUUUUAUUUAUAGAUUUUUUUUUUCUUUUUGUGAAAGCAGUUUGAUUUCUGGACUUUUACCAGUGGACAGAAGUGAAAUGUGAACAACAGUAUGCUAGAGCCUGUACUUUUUCCUGUAUUUGUUUUAUUGGUGAAACUGACGUCGAUUGAGUAUUUUUUUUUUUUUUAUGUGAAUCUAAUUAAUGCUACUGAUAAAAAAAUAAAACUGUUUUUAUGUGUGUGAUUUUUACUACACCUGAUUCCGCUUUCACCUCAUUACUGCAGAUCGCGGUCACCUUUCUCGAGCCCUACAUGACGCAGUCUGCAAAAAUACGAAGCCGGUGGCUGAUUUCCUGCUGUCUCUGUCAUCACCACAUAUGUCUGUUUGGUAGGGGGGUGUAGUGGGCCGGGCUGGGAGCCAGAUGAGAGGCCAACAGGGGCCCAACCAAUCUACAUCAUACAGUCUCGGCUGUGGCAGGGGAUUCCAAUGUGUGGGCGCUCAUAUAGGGCUGGCGCACAUUAACUGGGACUUUUUCCCUCCUUUUUAAAAAGGCACAUUAAACCACGGUGGGAAGGCGGAGAUUGGAAAGUUGAGACAUUAUUUUAACUCUUCUGACACUGUUUCUGCAAGAUGUCUGAUUGGAUGGGUCUUAGAUUGAUUUUAAAAGUAGAAAACAUGACCAAGCUAUCAGAAAAUGCUUACAUGAGCAAUCACCCUCGGGCUUCCUUCGUGUUGGUCACGAUUCUGCCCCCGUGAUCUACUCCCACUCUCCAAAAUGCUUUGCAAAUAUCCAACAUGCAGUGCCUGGCAGAGGUACACUUAAACUUUUUCACAUUUUGCCACAUUGCAUACACAAAUGUUGACUCGUCAUUGGGAUGUUAAAUGACUGACAAAUGCAAGGUCAAACAUAACUCUGAAGAGGAAAGAAAUGUAGCUUUAGAUCUGUAAAGCAGGGAUGUCUGGUGUUCUGGGAGUUGACCAAAUGUUGAGGUGGGUGGAGCUUUUCUUUGGGGUUGGGUGAGGCUGGUGAACAAUUAUGAACCUCCUGACAGAUUUGUUUCAUAUUUUUACUAUCUCACUGUAAUUUAAUUGCACCGAGAUAAACGGGGAAACGAUUCAACGGUAGAACAAUCAGACAUUUCUCAUAUAACUGACGGAUUUGCAUGAAUCAUCCCAAAUAACACUUUUGUCAUAAAAAUGGUUAAAAAUAAUAGAUCUUGUACAAGAACUUGCAAAGUAUCUUUUAUAACUGUAAUGCAGAAGAUGUAAUACUGAAGAGGGCCAUGCAAGUCAAUUUUAGAGAUCAACUGCAGGGAAGGGGAAGUGGGAGGACACUUAAGUCUUCAGUCACAGUGUGUAAUCGAGCUGUGAAUGCUUCAGUUCUUAUGAUUGAAAAUAAAUUAAGUUAAUAAAAAGAAUGGCUUUUAUUCAGUCUUUGCUAUCAUUGGUUCUGUUAUGUUUGUUUUGCCAUCUUGUAGUUUAGUGUAUAAUUCUCUUCAAACUACAAUUUGACAAUGAAAAAAAUUAUUUUUUCUUUCUUUUUCUCCCCAACAGUUAUUUUUGUUUUGACUUACUUUUUUGAGACUAACUCCUCAUUUUGUUCAGUUCUUGCAAUUACAUUACCCACAUUAUGACUUUUUAUGCCUUGCAUUCACAGUGCCACACCUCCAUCUGUUUACAAAAAAAACAUUUUAUUACAUUGCUGUUUCUGCGAUGCGAUAAACACAUCUUAAUGCCUUUUUGCAUUUGUUUGUAGCCUGAGCUUUUAUGUGGGAAUCCCUAGAGUUUUAAUUCAUAAAUUAACUCUUGGUAAAAUAAAAACAAACAAAAAAAAAAAUAAGACCUUAGUCCUUGCCAUAAGGAUUUAUAAUCAAAUUGGUUAAGAAAAUGGUCUUUCUUCUCAACUUGAGCGAUAUAAAGAGUUGUCAUACCUGAAUUAACUUUGAACACCUGUUUAUAAUGAAUAGCUUUAAUGUUUUCUGUUGGAACUUUACAUAGCAGAGCAUAAUUGUUUUAAAUGUCUUUUAAGAAAAAAAAAAUAUAUAAAUUAACACAUGUGAAAUUAUAUACUUAACAAAAAUGUGUGAAACAACUGAAAAUAUGUCUUAUAUUCUAGGUUCUUCAAAGUCGCCACCUUUUGCUAUGAUUACUGCUUCGCACACUCUUUGCAUUCUCUUGAUGAGCUUCAGUCACCUGAAAUGGUCUUCCAACAGUCUUGAAGGAGUUCCCAGAGAUUCUUAGCACUUGUUGGCCCUUUUGCCUUCACUCUGCUGUCCAGCUCACCCCAAACCAUCUCGAUUAGGUUCAGGUCCGGUGACUGUGGAGGCCAGGUCAUCUGGCGCAGCACCCCAUCACUCUCUUUGGUCAAAUAGCCCUUACACAGCCUGGAGGUGUGUUUGGGGUCGUUGCCCUGUUGAAAAAUAAAUGAUGGUCCAACUAAACGCAAACCAGGUGGAAUAGCAUGCCGCUGCAAGAUGCUGUGGUAGCCAUGCUGGUUCAGUAUGCCUUCAAUUUUGAAUAAAUCCCCAACAGUGUCACCAGCAAAGCACCCCCACACCAUCACACCUCGUCCUUCAUGCUUCACGGUGGGAACCAGGCAUGUAGAGUCCAUCUGUUCUCCUUUUCUGUGUCGCACAAAGACACGGUGGUUGGAACCAAAGAUCUCAAAUUUGGACUCAUCAGACCAAAGCAGAUUUCCACUGGUCUAAUGUCCAUUCCUUAUGUUCUUUAGCCCAAAUAAGUCUCUUCUGCUUGUUGCCUGUCCUUAGCAGUGGUUUCCUAGUAGCUAUUCUACCAUGAAGGCCUGAUUCACACAGUCUCCUCUUAACAGUUGUUGCAGAGAUGUGUCUUCUGCUAGAACUCUGUGUGGCAUUGACUUGGUCUCUAAUCUGAGCUGCUGUUAACCUGCAAUUUCAGAGGCUGGUGACUUGAAUGAAUUUAUCCUCCGCAGCAGAGGUGACUCUUGGUCUUCCUUUCCUGGGGCGCUCCUCAUGUGAGCCAGUUUCUUUGUAGCGCUUGAUGGUUUUUGCGACUGCACUUGGGGACACUUUCAAAGUUUUCCCAAUUUUUCGGACUGACUGACCUUCAUUUCUUAAAGUAAUGAUGGCCACUCGUUUUUCUUUACUUAGCUGCUUUUGUCUUGCCAUAAUACAAAUUCUAACGCUCUAUUCAGUAGGACUAUCAGCUGUGUGUCCACCUGACUUCUGCACAACACAACUGAUGGUCCCAACCCCAUUUAUAAGGCAAGAAAUCCCACUUAUUAACCUGACAGGGCACACCUGUGAAGUGAAAACCAUUUCAGGUGACUACCUCUUGAAACUUAUCAAGAGAAUGCAGUGUGUGUGCAAAGCAGUAAUCACAGCAAAAGGUUGCUACUUUGAAGAAACUAGAAUAUACGGCGUAUUUUCAGUUGUUUUACACUUUUUUGUUUGGUACAUAUUUUCACAUGUAUUAAUUCAUAGUUUUGAUGCCUUCAGUGUGAAUCUACAAUGUCAAUAGUCAUGAAAAUAAAGGAAACUCAUUGAAUGAGUAGGUGUGUCCAAAUGUUUGGUCUGUACUGUGUGUGUGUGUCUAUAUAUAAAU